UUUUGGAGCUCUACAUUAGCUUCUUCAUACGCGACGACACCGCAUUACAAUCGACGCGAAAAUUAAAAAGAUAGAGACAGAGGAAUUCGAAGAGUCGCGCAGGCUUCCUGCACGUUUGCUGCGAAGAUGGCGACUACUUCUAAUAUGUUUCUCUAUUCCCUUACCAUCCAACCUCCUACAACGAUAACUCAAGCUCUUCUUGGCCAGUUUUCUGGAACUAGAGAACAGCAAAUCGUCACAGCCUCGGGUUCCCGGCUCACAUUACUUCGUCCAGAACCAUCCCAAGGAAAGGUUAUCACCCUCCUAUCUCACGAUGUUUUUGGGAUUAUUAGAUCCAUAGCCUCGUUUCGUCUGGCGGGAAGCAAUAAGGAUUAUAUCAUACUUGCUACCGAUUCGGGACGCAUUGCUAUAGUCGAGUACAUACCACAGCAAAAUCGAUUCAAAAGGCAGAAGCUUGAAACUUUUGGAAAGUCAGGUGUACGCCGAGUCGUUCCAGGCCAGUACCUAGCUUGCGAUCCUAAAGGCCGUGCUUGUCUCAUCGCGUCGAUCGAGAAGAACAAACUAGUCUACGUUCUAAACCGCAAUGCUCAGGCAGAGCUUACUAUCUCUUCGCCCCUGGAGGCGCAUAAACCUGGAACGGUCGUGCUCUCUAUGGUGUCUUUAGAUGUUGGCUAUGCGAAUCCAGUAUUCGCAGCGCUAGAGGUUGAUUACUCUGAGGUAGACCAAGAUCCAACAGGUCAAGCUGUUACCGAAAUCGAAACCCAACUCGUGUACUAUGAACUAGAUCUGGGACUGAACCAUGUUGUCCGGAAGUGGCACGAGUUGGUCGACCCUACGGCAUCAAUACUCUUUCAAGUUCCUGGUGGCAAUGACGGACCUAGUGGUGUUUUAGUAUGCGGAGAAGAGAAUAUCACGUACAGACACUCGAACCAGGAGGCGUUCCGGGUCCCGAUCCCAAGGCGAAAGGGUGCCACAGAAGAUCCCCAGAGGAAACGCUCGAUCGUAUCCGGAGUCAUGCACAAACUCAAAGGGAGUGCUGGUGCGUUUUUCUUUCUUCUCCAAACGGAAGAUGGCGAUUUGUUUAAAGUCACCAUUGAUAUGGCUCAGGACGAUGACGAAAAGCCAACUGGGGAAGUACGUAGGCUCAAGAUCAAGUAUUUCGAUACCGUUCCAGUUUCUACGAGCCUCUGCAUCCUGAAGAGCGGUUUCCUGUUUGUUGCUAGCGAGUUUGGUAACCACCACUUCUACCAAUUCGAGAAGUUGGGUGAUGACGAUAAUGAGUUGGAAUUCAGCAGUGAUGACUUCCCGACAGAUCCCCAGACAUCAUACAAUCCUGUUUAUUUCUAUCCAAGACCAGCCGAAAACCUGAGUUUAGUUGAGAGCAUCGACUCGAUGAACCCCUUGGUUGACUGUAAAGUGGCAAAUCUAACUGGCGAAGAUGCACCACAAAUCUACUCUCUUUGUGGAAAUGGCGCGAGAAGUACAUUUAGGACCUUAAAGCACGGCUUAGAAGUCAAUGAAAUAGUGGCUUCGGAACUUCCCGGGGUCCCAUCCGCUGUUUGGACUACGAAACUCAACCGAUCUGAUCAGUACGAUGCCUAUAUUGUGCUCUCUUUUAGCAACGGCACUUUGGUGCUCAGUAUUGGCGAAACUGUGGAAGAGGUAACGGAUACUGGAUUCCUCUCAACAGUCCCGACGCUUGCCGUCCAACAACUUGGCGACGACGGCCUUCUCCAAGUUCAUCCCAAAGGUAUCCGACAUAUCAUUAAUGGACGAGUGAAUGAAUGGGAAGCACCAACUCACCGGUCUAUUGUUGCGGCCUCCACCAAUGAGCGCCAAGUUGCGGUUGCUCUAAGUUCGGGUGAAAUUGUUUACUUUGAGAUGGCUGAAGAUGGGUCAUUGGCCGAAUAUGAUGAAAAGAAGGAAAUGUUUGGAACUGUUACUUGCUUAAGUUUGGGCGAGGUUCCUGAAGGUCGCUUACGAAGUUCAUUCCUGGCUGUUGGAUGCGAUGACUGCACAGUCCGAAUCCUAAGUCUGGAUCUCGAAUCCACACUUGAGAGUAAAUCUGUGCAAGCUCUGACCGCUGCUCCGUCAUCAUUGUCUAUCAUGGCUAUGGAAGACUCUUCGUUUGGUGGCUCGACCUUAUAUCUUCACAUCGGUCUGCAUUCAGGCGUGUAUUUGCGAACAGUCCUAGAUGAGGUGACUGGUGAACUUACCGAUACCCGCCAAAAGUUCCUUGGACCUAAGGCUGUACGACUUUUCCAGACCUCCGUCGAGGGCAGCACCUGUGUCCUCGCUCUCAGCUCAAGAACCUGGUUGGGUUAUUCAGAUCCGAUUACGAAGGGCUUCAUGAUGACGCCGCUAGACUAUAGUGAUCUAGAAUGGGGGUGGAAUUUCAGCAGUGAGCAAUGUGAAGAAGGUAUGGUGGGAAUCCAGGGCCAAAAUCUCAAGAUUUUCUCCAUCGAUCGACUAGGGGACACCUUAUUGCAACAGUCGAUACCGCUUACGUAUACCCCUAGACGUCUUGCUAAACACCCUGACCAGCCUUACUUUUACACCAUUGAAGCCGACAACAAUACAUUGCCUCCCGAGUUGCGCGCCCAAUUACUAGCGGAUCCAGCUGUCGUUAAUGGCGAUGCAGCUGUGUUACCACCAGAGGAGUUUGGGUAUCCUAGGGGACGCGGCCGAUGGGCAUCUUGUAUCAAUGUCGUAGACCCUUUAGUGGAGAAACGAGUUCUGCAAACAUUAGAGCUGACCGACAACGAGGCUGCCGUCAGCAUGGUUACGGUUUCCUUUGCAAGUCAAGACAACGAGACAUUCCUCGUUGUUGGUACCGGAAAAGACAUGAUCCUUAGUCCUCGCCAGUUUAGCGCAGGGUUCAUACAUGUCUACAGGUUCCGCGACAACGGCAGAGAGAUUGAAUUCAUUCACAAGACAAAAGUGGAAGAGCCCCCAAUGGCGCUGGUACAAUUCCAAGGCCGUUUGCUAGCGGGCAUCGGAAAGACUCUUCGAGUCUACGAUCUUGGACUCCGUCAGCUUCUUCGAAAGUCGCAAGCUGAAGUUGCCCCUCAACUUAUCGUUUCGAUACAAACCCAAGGUAGCCGUAUCGUCGUUGGCGAUGUGCAGCAAGGAGUUACGUAUGUCGUCUAUAAAUACGAAAGCAACAAGCUGAUACCAUUUGCCGACGACACCGUACCCCGCUGGACAAUCUGUACAGCUAUGGUGGACUACGAAUCGGUUGCCGGCGGAGACAAAUUCGGAAAUAUAUGGAUUGUGCGAUGUCCACAGAAGGCAAGCGAGGAAGCCGACGAGGACGGAACCGGCGCGCACCUACAACACGCCCGAGAAUACCUACACGGUUCUAAUCACCGUGUCAGCCUCAUGUCGCAUUUUUUUACUCAAGAUGUCCCCACCAGCAUAAGCAAAACAAACCUCGUAGUAGGUGGACAAGACGUGCUUCUUUGGAGUGGAAUACAAGGCACUAUUGGCGUAUUGAUUCCGUUCCUGAGUCGAGAAGAUGCGGAUUUCUUCCAAAGCCUCGAAUCGCAUAUGCGGACUGAGGAUCCGCCUCUUGCCGGAAGAGAUCAUCUGAUAUAUAGGGGUUACUAUGCCCCCGUUAAAGGUGUCAUUGAUGGGGACCUAUGUGAGAGGUUCACUUUGCUCCCUAGUGAUAAGAAGCAGAUGAUUGCGGGAGAGUUAGAUCGCUCGGUCCGUGAAAUUGAAAGAAAAAUAUCUGACGUACGAACUCGAUCGGCAUUCUGAUGAAAGGCUUGGGAAUGGCGCAUGGAGUAAUAAGGAGUCAUAUUAUUAUAUCCGCAGAGAUUUCCUCGGAUUUUGAUACCAAAUCAAGAUAGCUUAAUGGUCAGUGUUGAUGUCCAUUAAAACUUGAAACC